UGAACCCUACCAUAAUCAUCAGAGUCUAACAGCACACUUCCUCUUGCUCUGUGAAGUGUGCACCAAAUGAACCCCACCAUCAUCAUCACAGUUUUUCUCUUCUUCUGUGCAGUGUGUGCACAAUAAACCUGUCCCAAAAAUUAGCUACCCAGAGAGAGCCCAUUUGGAUCAAAGAAGCAAAAUGGGUAUGUUGGUUUGUGUCUUCUCAGCAAUUUUGGCAGCAACCCUUUUGACCACUCUCUCUCUUGCUCUCAAUCAAGAUGGUAUUGCAUUGUUGGAAUUCAAAAGCACUUUGAAUGAUACAAAGAACUUUCUCAAUAACUGGAAUGAUUCUGAUGAAUCUCCAUGCCAGUGGACUGGUGUCAUUUGUAAUCUCAAUGACCAACGAGUUCUCUCUAUAAACUUGCCUUUCAUGCAACUUGGAGGGAUGAUUUCUCCAAGCAUUGGCAAACUCAGUAGAUUACAAAGACUGGCACUUCACCAGAACAGCUUACAUGGUGUUAUUCCUAAUGAAAUUACCAAUUGCACUGAACUCAGAGCCUUGUACUUGAAGGCUAAUUAUCUCCAAGGAGGCAUACCAUCAAAUGUUGGGAAUCUUUCUUUACUCACCAUACUAGAUUUGUCAAGCAAUUCUCUUAAGGGUGCCAUACCUUCAUCUCUUGCUCGUUUAACACGCCUCCGAUAUCUGAAUGUAUCUACCAACUUUCUUUCUGGUGAAAUCCCCGAUGUUGGAGUACUAAGCACUUUCGGAAACAAGUCGUUUGUUGGCAAUUUAGACCUCUGUGGUCGACAAGUGAACAAACCAUGUAGAACAUCACUAGGAUUCCCUGCAGUGCUACCACAUGCUGAAAGUGAUGAAGCUGCAGCACCUACAAAGCGAUCAUCUCACUAUAUCAAAGGAGUACUGAUUGCUGUAACGUCUAUAAUGGGUCUUGUGGUCAUCGUGCUCCUUAUUUUCCUCUGGAUUUGGUUGCUAUCGAAGAAGGAAAGGGCUGCUAAGAAAUACACAGAAGUCAAAAAACAAGUUCAUCAAGGAAAAGGCACCAAGCUUGUUACUUUCCAUGGUGAUCUUCCCUAUCCCUCAUAUGAGAUCAUAGAAAAGCUUGAAUCUCUUGAUGAGGAGGAUGUUGUGGGAUGUGGAGGAUUCGGUACUGUCUAUCGGAUGGUCAUGAAUGAUUGUGGUACAUUUGCUGUUAAAAGGAUUGAUCGGAGCCGUGAAGGAUCGGAUCAAGUUUUUGAGAGGGAGCUAGAGAUCUUAGGUAGCAUCAAGCACAUAAAUCUUGUCAAUUUGAGAGGGUACUGCAGGCUCCCUUCUACCAAGCUGCUUAUAUAUGAUUAUUUGGCGAUGGGCAGCUUAGAUGAUUUGUUGCAUGAUGAUGGAGAAGGAAAGCAAUCCUUGAAUUGGAACGCUCGUCUAAGGAUAGCAUUUGGCUCUGCCCGGGGUUUGGCAUACUUGCACCAUGACUGCUGUCCAAGGAUAGUUCAUCGUGAUAUAAAGUCCAGCAAUAUACUCCUUGAUGAAAAUCUAGAACCGCAUGUUUCAGACUUUGGCCUUGCCAAACUUUUGGUAGAUGAGGAUGCUCAUGUCACAACUGUGGUUGCUGGAACUUUUGGUUAUUUGGCACCAGAGUAUUUGCAAAGCGGAAGAGCCACUGAGAAGUCAGAUGUGUAUAGCUUCGGAGUUCUCUUGUUAGAGCUUGUAACCGGAAAGAGACCCACUGAUACUUCUUUUGUAAAACGAGGCCUGAACGUCGUUGGUUGGAUGAACACUACGCUAAGAGAGAACAGAUUGGAAGAUGUGGUGGACAAAAGGUGCUCCGAUGCAGAUGCAGAAACCGUAGAAGCAAUCAUAGAAAUAGCAGCAAGGUGCACCGAUGCAAACCCAGAUGACAGGCCGUCAAUGCAACAGGUGCUGCAGUUUAUAGAGCAAGAGGUCAUGUCACCUUGCCCAAGUGAUUUCUACGAGUCCCAUUCAGAUUAUUGUUGAUCCGCUCUUUGCUAUCUUGCAAGUGUAAGCCCAUGAUAUGUAUAUUUAUACGAUUGUGAGCGAUGAAUGUGCAUGCUGCUGUCUUGCACUUUAUUUAUUUAUUUUUUUUGCUGUCUUGUUUUUCCUCAUUGAUAUGGUGAGAAAGUAUAUGAAAAUUGUCUAGUUCAAGUUUGCCCACCAAUCAUUGGUGCUGGAAAAUUUGCUACAAGUAAAAGGUGGUUUGAGAGAAGGAUUGUUGAGAAAAAUUGAUGUAAAAUGUUGUCAUUGUUAUGGCAAGUCAAGUUUAUGCACUUGAAAUCAGAGCUUUUUUUGUAGUG